UGGCUGCGCUGCUGCAGCUGCUGCAGCUGCUGCUGCUGCAGGCGGCGGUGACCCGGGCGCAGAGCGGGGACGGAGACACCGGAGCUGAAGGAAGUUGUUUGACAUCCAGCACUUGAUGUCCUUGAGACAGUUUUUAAAAAGAAGUCUGCUGGAGGAUCCUGGUCUUAGAGACACGGAGAGUCGGGUGUCGUCGGCGUACAGAAGGGGACCGAGGACAGCGCCCUGAGGCACGCUCGUGCAUCGACAUACAGAUCGCCACAGGCCACGCCCUGCUUCAGCGACGCUGUCACUUCCUGUUGGUCUGUCCCAGAAACACUUUGGAUUCAAAGGUUUAGUCAAAAAAAGUCAAAAAUCACCAGAUUUGAUGAUGUUUGCACAGACAGGCAUCGAUGCGGCCAAAUUUUGCAAAAGGCCAAUGCAAGUGCAAAAAAACGUAUAAAGGGAAAAACAAGUUCUUGUCCUGUUUUCCUUAAAAAAAGCAAAAAUAUUUUCUUUAAAAAUCGCCCUGAAAAUAGACAAAAUACGUUAUUCAUCUUCAAAAAAAAAUAAAUGAAACUUAACAAACUAUUGCCGAAAUGUUUCCUAAUUUCUGUUAGUAUUUGUUUCCACGAGCUGCCAGAGAGCCGAAAACAGCGUCCGCACAGAGUCUCCUGUUCUUGUCCUAAUGUCCUCAAAUCCUCGUUCCCUGCCAGAGUCCCGGAUGAGCUGCACCUCCGACAUCCUGAUGGCGGGAAGCAGUCUCAGCUGUCGGCUGCUCGCGGGCGGCGGUGGCGUGGACGACGAGGACGAAGAGGCGGACGGCGUGGAGAAGAUGACAGUUUGCUGCGUCGACCACAGCGGCACUCAGAGAGACUACAGGUGUGUGGAGGCCGCCGGGGACACGGUCACGUCCUCCAUCCUCCAUCCUGUCCAUCCCUUCAACGUGACCGUCCACCUGAAGACAGGUCGCUGCCUCAACGCCAUCGUCCAACUGAAGAAAAUAGUCAAACCGAGACGUCCUUGGGUGAAGAACGUGACCUUUGACCUGGACUCCAACCAGGCCGAGAUCCAGAUCCAGAUUCCGUACGACAAAGACUACCUGACUCUGCACAACCAGCAGUUCCAGCUGAAGCUCAGCGAGGACCCGAGACUCACAGCUCUGAACUUCUCGGGGGACACCCUGAGGCUCGGCAUGGACCGCCUCCGGGGACGCAGCGAGUAUGCGGCGGUGGUGCGUUCGCUGCCGGCCAAAAUUUAUGAGGGGACGUGGAGCGAGUGGAGCGAGUCCUUCAGCUUCAGGACUCCUCCUGAGACAACGGAGACACCGAUGGACGACGGACCGGAGACGUACAAACUCAUGGUGUGUCUGGUGGUCCUGGUGCUGCUGCCGCCCGCCAGCGUCCUUUUCUUCUGGAAAAACAGAAUAUUCGCCUUCAUAUGGCCGAAAAUCCCGCACCCCAAACACACGCUGGUGCAGAUCUGUGGACCCGGCAAGGGCGUCCUGCUCGACUUCAAACCGGAGGAGUUCAGCGCACUCAAAGUGGAUAAAUCGGAGGAGCAACCGUGUGACCAAACGGAGCCUCCGAUCGCCACCGCUGACGGCGCUCGCUCCGACCCUGGCUCCGCCCACAGCUCCGCCCACAGCUCGGCGGGCGCCACCAGCACCUCCAGCGUCAGCACGGAGGAGCUGGAGCUGUCGGCCCUGCUGAGCCAGGGCUCCUCCGACGCAGAGGACGGCCUCCAGAGCUCCGAGGAGCCCGAGGAGCCCGAGGAGCGAGCCGGCACGCCGCCGCCCAGCAGCGGAGGACACGAGGAGGCCUACGUCACCAUGUCCAGUUUCUAUCAGAUCAAGUAGGUCAGCGGGACAAAGGGGGACACUGGUGGACAGACACAUGGGACGCUGAUCAUCAGACGGCCGAUGUCACGAUCAGAAAAGCUCUGGACUGAAUAAAGUGUAAGUCACAUGACACGUGAUGUGUUCAAGGACCAUCAGAAAUCAGAAAAUCCAAACGCAAAUUCUGGUUGUACCGUUUCUGGCUGAUAAAUGAGGUAAUUUUGGUGAUUUUUGAAGAAAACAUGCAUCCAAACCCAGAGGCCUCUAAAAAGCGGCAAUUUAGAUUAUUGUUUUAAAAGAACGUAUGCACUGUGACGUCUUCAAAGACUUUAAGAGAAAAAAAGGCCACAAAUAAUUUCUUAAAAAAUAUUUUUUUUAUUCACCUAUAUACACACACACACA